CGAAAGAGUGCGCUUUUGGCUUGGUUCGUCACGUGACUUCAUGAAGGCGCCAUUGCUUUAAGGAGGUUUCACGAUCUCCAGAGCUUCACAGUGGGUUUAUCUUGCGUGAUUGUGUGGACACGGAGGCUUAAAAAUUGCCAGGAAAAUGAAGAGCAUGAAAGCGGUGAAAGUGGAGCCGGUGUGCUGCGAAGAGCGCAUCCUGAAGCACUGCCAUCAGACAUACACGGAUACAGACAACGGAUUAAUAGCAAUAGCUCAGUCUGUUGGCAAAACUCUGCCACCUCCCAGGAGGGGGAUCACCGUGAUGCUGAUUGGGAACAAAUCAGCUGGAAAAAGCUCCUUCAUCAACUGGUAUGUAGAGAAGCCAAUCCUCUCCAAGACACAGGGCUUCACUUUUGUGACUAGCCGGUCCAAAAGAAUGUCUCUUACGAGCAAUGAAACCUUCCGGUUGUAUCCACACUUUAAGCGCCUUCAGGAGGUUAAAGGUGUGUCUGAAUAUGUUAGCGCUGAGAUCUGCACUUCUCGGCAGAAGCAUUUCAGCUUGGUGACUUUUGUGGACACUCCUGGGCUGGUGGACGGAGAUAUGAAGUAUCCCUUUGAUGUGGACCAGGCCAUCCUUCAGCUAGGUGAUGUGUGUGAUCUGAUCCUGGUCUUCUUCGACCCGAUGGGACAGGCUCUGUGCAGACGCACGCUCAACAUCGUGGAGCAGCUCUACGAAAGGCAGGGAGAUCGACUCCGCUUUUACCUCAGCAAAGCUGACGAGGCUGGAGGAGAGUCAGACAGACAGAGAGUGAUGAUGCAGAUUGUCCAGGAGUUGCACAAACGUCCAGGACUCAACAAGUGUGCCAUUGAGAUGCCUUCUAUCUACAUCCCCAAUCCUAACAAGCCUAGUCAGUGUGUCAAUCAGAUCGAAGAGGUGUGUCACACCAUACACAAGACCAUCAAGCAGGUCGUGCAGAACACACAGAACACGCUGCAGAAGGACUGCGAUCUCAUCUGUGAGGCUGUUACUGAUACGCUGAACAGUGACUGGCAGUGUUGCAAGGAGAAAAAGAAGGCCUUGCGGUUGAGCUAUGCCCUGGGCCUGCUGGGCUUCAGCAUCCUGCUGCUCUUUAUGCUGACGCUGGGAAUCCUCUACAGGGACCUGCUGGAGCUGGCACUGGGUAUUUAUGGUGCAGAGACACUGUUGCUCUACCUGACACCAGUGAUGCUGGUGCUUGAUUCGUUGCCAGUGCAAUUUCAGCUCAUUACUUGUGGCUUCUUGAUGCAACUCUCUGUAAUUCUCAACAUCAUGGCUUUCCUCCUCUUUCACACUAAGCCGACUCUGUCUAGAAAACAAAAGAGACAGCUGCAGGAAAAACUCGAGUACUUGCAGCAGGUCGUGAAAAUUAAAAAGGAACUAACUCCAGGGUUUGGAGUCCUACCUCCACCACCACCAGCUCCUCCUCUGCCCCCUCCUGCACCAGGGGCUGAAACAGUUAAGAGCAGAAAGCCAGUUCAGACCAAGAUGCAGCCGCAGCUCAACUGCCAGACACCCAGCGAAGUGAAAGGAACAGUGUAUAAUAAGCUGGAUGAUGAGCAUCUGUUAAUGAUGCCUCAAAAGGAUAUGAUAUCAGAGAAGAACCUCACCACACCUCUGAAGAAGAAAGACACCACACCGCCAAAGGUGCCUCAGAAGAAUCUGAUAACAGAGCAGAAGAUGAGGCAGUUGAAGCGUCAAGUCAGUGAUGGAGCCAUUAAGGACAUCAGCAAGUAUCCCACGAUGCCCAAGGUGCCUCAGAACGAUCUGAUAACAGAGUUGAAGAAGAGGCAGUUGAAGCGUCAGGCCACUGAAUGAGCCAAUGCAUCAGCAAUACAGGAGCAUACUUUGUACUACAUUUAUACAUUUUUAAUAACAUUUUUAGUUAGGUUAUGACUAUUAAAACUGUAAUUUUUUUUAAAACUAUUCAUCAGUUGUAUUGGAAAUUUGCAUUCUGUGUUUGUAUGUUUAAUAACUAUUAAACACUUGUAUUGGAAA